AUGGAUAAGAAACCACUGCCAACGUUACCAGAAGAGCCACCAGAGAAGACAAUGUCUCCUAAGAAAGUUUUCGCCCCAUCGGAAAGAAAUCGUCAACCAUCUGCCAAUUCUGUCACAAACGGCGUCAAAGUUGUUUUUUCUACUCCAAAACCGAUCAAAAAAGAGAGUUAUGUCCGGACAAAUAGUUCUUACUCGUCUUCGAAUCAAUUGGAACUUGGCUAUGAUAGCAACGAACCUUGCAGUUCGGCUCAGGCAGAGGCUCGCUGCCGACAAAACUCUGACACCGGGUAUUCAUCAGUGAGCCCACGUCCGACUAUUUUUUCGAAAUUUCCACCAGUGGCAACUGCACAAAAUGACAGUGAAGAAGAAACGAAAAUAGAGGAAGCCCGAAUUGCUGAACUGAAGAAAAAAGGUUCUCCGAAAACUUUGGUGGAUAUGUUCAAAAUGGAGGCGAAACUUAUUCCGAUGAAAAAAGGAGAAGAUACCAAAUCCGAGAAGGACUCCAAACAAAAGAAGGUGAAAGUGGUCCGUCCGGAAAACAUGCCAGUGACAGCGCCAAAUUUUUUCGCAGGACAGGAAUAUGGAUAUUAUCUGACGGAGAUGGUCAAUCGUGGAACCGAGACACUUUUGAUGAUUUACGAAAGAGACCCAGAAAAGUUCUUCAAACGCUUUGAUCGCAAGUGGUACCAGAGAGUCAUGCCGCUGUUAUUCGGCAAGAGCCACAAGACGCCAGCGGAAAUUGUCAAAAACUUGAGAGAAGUUCUCAUUAUUCUAGAUAAACUUCCACCACCGAAAUUGGACAAAGACGGUAACGUCGUAAGUGACAAGAAAUACGACAAAUCAGUGGAGGAAGUUGCUAAAAAUGUUGCUCUGAUCAAAAAUUUGAUCUAUGGAAACGAAGGAUCAAAUUCGGAAACGGACCAUGUCGUCCAAGUUGCUCAACUCGCCCAAGAGAUCUACAAUGCCAAUAUUCUUCCAAUGGUAGUCAAGAUGCUCCCCAAAUUUGAAUUCGAGUGUAAGAAGGAUGUCGGUCAAAUUUUCAACAACCUGCUCCGUCGCCAAAUUGGAACUCGAUCCCCAACAGUCGAGUAUCUUGGAGCACGACCGGAAAUUCUAGUUCAACUUGUUCAAGGAUACACGAAUUCGGAUAUUGCACUCACUUGUGGACUCAUGCUUCGAGAGAGUAUUCGUCACGACCAUCUUGCAAAAAUGAUCCUCUACUCCGACGUCUUCUACACAUUUUUCCAUUAUGUACAGAGUGAGGUCUUCGAUAUUGCGUCCGAUGCUUUUGCGACGUUCAAAGAACUAACGACUAGACAUAAAACACUUUGUGCGGAGUUUCUCGAAACCCACUACGACACAUUUUUCGCUCAAUACCAAAACCUUCUCAACUCCAAGAACUAUGUCACUCGUCGCCAAUCUUUGAAACUUCUUGGAGAGCUCCUCCUCGACCGUCACAACUUCAACAUCAUGCAUAAAUACAUCUCGAAUCCGGAAAACAUGAGAGUUUUGAUGGAGCUGUUGAGAGACAAGAGUCGCAACAUCCAAUACGAAGCUUUCCACGUCUUCAAGGUUUUCGUUGCGAACCCUAAUAAAUCGAAGCCAAUCUGUGACAUUCUUCUCCGCAAUCGCGAGAAACUGGUCGAAUUCUUGGGCGAAUUCCACAACGACCGUACCGAUGACGAACAGUUCAAUGAUGAGAAGGCCUACCUGAUAAAGCAGAUUCAAGAAAUGAAGGGGUCUCCAAAGGAAGCCAAAAAGCAUAAGACGAAGGAGGACGAGUUGAUUACCAGUGUCGAGGCUGUCACUCUUGCUGACCCGACACCAUCCACUUCGUCGCAGCAAUAG